UCGCCUCUCUCCGUCGUACACUUCACUCGACGUGAGCCCUAUUCUCCCACCGCACCUGGCUCCCGCAGGCCAUGGCCGCCUCCUUCAACGACGGCUCUGUGAGAGAGAAGAGUCCCGAUGCCCGUUCCUCGAUGGCAAUUUCAGAGAAAGGGGGCGAUGUUUCGCGGCCGCAGAGCGCCGUUGACCCCAGAGAUGAGAAGCAGGCGCACCUCGAUGCCCCUGGCUCUGCGGCCAUCGUAGAGGAUGCGAAGAAAGACGAGACCGAGCCCGCAAAGGCCGUCUCAUUUUUCUCGAUGUUUCGGUUUGCCACGAGGAGAGAAAUCAGUAUGAACAUCGUCGGUCUUGUCGCAGCAGCAGCAGCUGGUGCAGCGCAGCCUCUCAUGAGUUUGCUCUUCGGUAAUUUGACGGAAGCGUUCGUCACGUUUGGUACAACCGCCGCGGAGGCAAAGUCAGGCAACUCUACUGCUACAGACGAGUUGCCUGCAGCUGCCAGUCAUUUCCGGCAUACCGCCGCGAAUGACGCGUCGUAUUUGGUCUAUAUUGGUGUCGGCAUGUUCGUUUGCACGUAUAUUUACAUGACAGCAUGGGUGUACACCGGCGAGGUCAAUGCUAAGCGAAUUCGCGAACGCUACUUGCAGGCUGUGCUCCGGCAGGACAUUGCUUUCUUCGACAACGUUGGCGCCGGUGAGGUGGCGACGCGCAUCCAGACGGAUACUCACUUGGUUCAGCAAGGUAUAUCGGAGAAGGUCGCCAUCGUGGUCAACUUCUUUGCCGCUUUUGUCACUGGUUUCGUCUUGGCAUACAUCCGUGAAUGGCGGCUGGCCCUCGCGCUGUCCUCGAUGCUCCCAUGCAUUGCCCUUACCGGUGGUAUCAUGAAUAAAUUUAUCUCGGGUUACAUGCAACUGUCUCUCGCGCACGUGGCAGACGGUGGAACACUCGCCGAGGAGGUCUUCUCGACUGUCCGUACCGCGCAGGCCUUCGGCAACCAGAAGGUUCUCGCUGAGAGGUAUGAUUCGCACAUCUUCAAGGCCCGCACUGCAGACAUGAAGGCUGCAGUCUGGCACGGAUGUGGUCUUGCCACGUUCUUCUUCGUCAUCUAUGGAGGUUACGCAUUGGCAUUCGACUUUGGUACCACGCUCAUUGAUGAGGGUCGCGCGGACGCGGGAAAGGUUGUCAAUGUCAUCCUGGCUAUCCUCAUCGGUUCCUUCUCUCUCGCAUUGUUAGCGCCGGAGAUGCAAGCUAUCACACAUGGACUGGGUGCCGCGGCGAAGCUGUAUGCUACUAUCGACCGUGUGCCGGAUAUCGACUCCCAGAACGAGGAUGGUCUCAAGCCCGAGAAUUGCGUGGGCGAGAUCACCUUGGAGCAUGUCAAAUUCAACUACCCUUCCCGCCCGGACGUUCGCAUCGUGAAGGAUCUCUCGGUCACGUUCCCUGCAGGGAAGACCACGGCGCUUGUCGGUGCAUCUGGUUCCGGAAAGUCGACCGUCAUCUCUCUUGUGGAGCGGUUCUACGACCCAUUGGAAGGCGCUGUCAAGCUCGAUGGCAUCAAUCUCAAGGACCUUAACCUCAGAUGGUUGCGAAGCCAAAUCGGUCUUGUGUCUCAGGAGCCCACGCUUUUCGCUACCACCAUCAAGGGCAAUGUCGCUCAUGGUCUCAUCGGCACGAAAUGGGAACACGCUUCUGACGAUGAAAAGAUGGCACUGAUCAAGGAAGCAUGCAUCAAAGCAAAUGCGGACGGUUUCAUCACCAAGCUGCCGCUCAGCUAUGACACGAUGGUCGGCGAGCGUGGGUUCUUGCUUUCAGGUGGCCAGAAACAGCGUAUUGCAAUCGCGCGUGCUAUUGUCUCCGACCCGAAGGUCCUCCUCCUCGACGAGGCCACGAGUGCCCUGGACACGCAGAGUGAGGGUAUCGUGCAGAAUGCGCUGGACAAGGCCGCAGCUGGGCGUACAACGAUCACGAUUGCGCACCGACUCUCGACGAUCAAGGAUGCGGACUGCAUUUACGUGAUGGGAGACGGGCUCGUGCUCGAGUCUGGCACGCAUCAGCAGCUGCUGCAAGAUGAGAACGGGCCGUAUUCGCGACUUGUCGCCGCGCAGAGGCUGCGUGAUGCACGCGAGAAGCGGGGGAACGAAGAGACCGACAGCCAGACGGCUGCGAGCGAUGACGAAGAGAUCGAGGACUAUGAGAAGGCGGCGGAGGCGGAGGUGCCGCUUUCGCGCUCCAAGUCCGGCCGGUCGCUUGCUUCACAAAUAUUGGAGCAGCGAAAUAAGGAGAAGGCUGAGCACCGCGAGUAUGGGAUGUGGUACCUCUUGCGCAGGUUCUUUGGCAUCAACCGCGAAAAUUGGAAAUUGUAUAUGUUUGGGGCUAUUGCGGCUAUUGGCAACGGCGCCACGUAUCCUGCAUUCGGUAUCGUAUAUGCUAAGGGUAUCAGCGGUUUCUCGGAUACCGAUGAGCACACCCGUCGGCAUAACGGUGAUCGUGUUGCGCUAUGGUUCUUCAUCAUUGCGAUCCUCUCGGCCAUGGCCAUUGGAUUCCAGAACUUCUACUUUGCGUCUUCCGCUGGCUUGCUCACGAAUAAAAUCCGUUCACUGAGCUUCCGUGCGGUCGUGAGGCAAGACAUCGAAUUUUUCGACAAGGACGAGAACAACACUGGUCAACUUACGUCUAACCUCAGUGAUAACCCCCAGAAGGUGAAUGGUUUGGCCGGUGUCACUUUGGGAGCCAUCGUCCAGUCAUGUGCCACGCUUGUCACAGGAACUAUCAUUGGCCUGAUCUUUGCUUGGAAGCUCGGUCUCGUUGGUCUUGCUUGCACGCCUGUGCUUUUUUCAGCAGGUUACAUCCGUUUGCGUGUCGUCGUCUUGAAGGAUCAACAGAACAAACACGCCCACGAGCAGUCCGCGCAGCUUGCCUGCGAAGCCGCGGGUGCUAUCCGCACCGUCGCUUCUCUGAUCCGCGAGGAUGAUUGCCUUCGUCUCUACAGCGAGAGCUUGGAAGAACCGCUUCGCAACUCUAACAGAAAAGCCAUCUAUAGUAACGCCAUCUAUGCUCUCUCCCAAUCCAUGUCGUUCUAUGUCAUCGCGCUCAUAUUCUGGUACGGCUCGCGUCUCGUCUCUUCUGGAGAAUUAUCUACCUUCCAAUUCUUCGUCGGCCUCAUGAGCACUACGUUCAGCGCUAUCCAGGCUGGAAACGUGUUCUCGUUCGUCCCUGAUAUUUCUUCUGCCAAGGGUGCUGCUGCGGACGUCAUUACACUUCUGGACUCGAUGCCUGAGAUCGACGCUGAGUCGACGGAAGGCGAGAUUCCGGGAGACGUCGUGGGUAGGAUCCGGUUCGAAAACGUGCACUUCCGCUACCCGACCCGACCUGGUGUGCGCGUGUUGCGCGACCUGAACCUGACAGUUGAGCCUGGCACAUACGUUGCGCUUGUUGGCGCUAGUGGAUGCGGGAAGAGUACCACGAUUCAACUGAUCGAACGAUUCUAUGACCCUCUCAUGGGAACCAUCUAUCUUGAUGAACAGCCUGUUACCAAAUACAAUGUCUCUGAAUACCGAAAGCACAUCGCGUUGGUCUCUCAAGAGCCGACUCUCUACUCUGGCACAAUCCGCUUCAAUAUCCUGCUCGGUGCUGUUAAACCUCAGUCUGAGAUCACACAAGAGGAGAUUGAGGCAGCAUGCCGCAACGCCAACAUCUUGGACUUCAUCCAAAGCUUGCCUCAGGGCUUCGACACGGAAGUUGGUGGCAAGGGCUCGCAGCUGUCUGGCGGUCAGAAGCAGCGUAUUGCGAUUGCACGUGCCCUGCUCCGGAACCCCAAGGUGUUGCUGCUCGACGAGGCCACGUCCGCACUUGAUUCGAAUUCAGAGAAGGUUGUGCAAGAAGCGCUAGACAGGGCAGCCAAGGGCAGAACGACGAUCGCCAUCGCGCAUCGGCUGUCGACCAUCCAGAAUGCUAACCGGAUAUAUUUCAUCAAGGACGGUGCAGUCAGCGAGGCGGGAACCCACGAUGAGCUUCUUGCGCUCAAGGGUGGGUACUAUGAGUAUGUGCAGCUGCAAGCCCUCAGCAAGAAGUAAAGUGUGACGAGACAUUUUGGGGAUUGGACAUUAUGAUACCAUGGUUAUAUAGCAGUAACGGAUUUUUAGUCUCCUUAUAAUCGGCAUUAGCUUUCGUAGGCUCUUGAUAUCCGUCCGUUGGUUGUUACCCACGCUUUGUACAUUUAGAUUACGACUAUCCACGCAUACAGCACGAGG